AACGGCGAUCAGCCCACAUGCAAGCAGGCAAGAGAAGCACGCCGGCUGCAAGCGCGAGCGCAAGCGGGCCGACGAGCGAGUCGACCGCCCAUGCCGAGUCGACCAGCACCGACGAGGCGGCGAACGAAGUGGCGAUGGUGGCGACGGCGACAAGCGGACAGAGGACAAGGAUGGGGACGGGCGGAAAGCGGGGAAGCAAGGUCGAGCCAGCAAUGCGGGUGCACGAGCGGAGACAGAUCAUGGCCGAAGGUCUGACCGAGGAGCAGCGGGUGGCGCGCGAGUUCCGAUGGCUCAACCGCGGCAUCAUCCUCGUCCUCACCAUUGCCUUUACCAUCUACGUCAUGUACACAGUCAAUGAGUACCGGCAAGACAAGGAACAGCCAGGGACAACAGUCUCGGUCGACCAGGCCUCAUCGCUGGCGUAUCCGACCUUUACCUUUUGCAACAUCAACGACUACGACUUUGCUGUCCUAGUCGCUUUCCUCGGCCAAGGCAACGACGUACCGCAGCCCAUCGAGCAGACGGUGCACUUUGAGGAGGCCAUCUUCCGCGCCACUGGCAUGUACUGCUACACCACCAACUCGGCCCCGCGCGACGACUUUCCGCCGCCACCACCGGGUUCUGCCUCCCCGCCCUUUGUCGCAAGCGCAGCAUCGACCGACUACGCCCUCGAGAUCGUCUUUCUGCUCAACACCUCGCUCGCCAGCAACAACAUCCUCUUCUACGGCAUCGGUGUCAUGCCGUACCUGUUCGGGACCAAGCCGACCGAGAACGACGUCGACCGCAUGACCAACUUUGGCUCACCGGGCCUUUCCACCGUCAUGACCAUCAAGCGCGAGAUCUUUGAGAGCAUCAACAACGCCCAGUCAGUCUCGUACUCGAUCUCUCAGUCGACCAUCGCCCUCGCGCAGGACUCGCCACAGCUCGCAUCGAUCCCGCCCGGCUUUAGCGUUGUCCACAUACUUCUCCAGUACGAUAGUCUGAACACCGUCGUGACCAAGGAGACCUACGCAUACCCCAUGACCUCGCUGCUUGGUGAGCUCGCGGGCAUGGCUGGCACUAUCCUCGGCCUUGACUGCCUCUCUGGCAUUCUGCUCGUUCAGCUAUGUGGCUUCAAGAUGAUCCAGCGCCGCCGCAACGCCACCCAGCAGAAGCUGAACGAGCUCGAUUUUGCCGAGCCAUAGCAAGGCUGCCGCAGUCGGCGGUGGCCACCUGGAGAGCAAAAGCGGG